AUGCUGUGGGAAUCGUAUUCUGUUAGUGAAUUUCGUCUUCACAGCCAAAACAUUUCCACAAGUUAUCUUGCAAGUGUAUGGAUAUCUUUUAUGCUUUGGCGUGAUAUACAAGUUCUUGAUAUUGCAAUUGGACUGGGAGAGAAUGAAAAUAGUGCAGUCUUGCCUAGUGAAAUAUUUUGGUGCAAAACUCUUGUGGUUUUGAAAUUGUGUGGCGGAGCUCUUGUCAAAUUUCCAAAUAUUUUUUGUUUGCCCAAGCUCAAAGUUUUGCAUAUAGAAUUGUUGAAAGUAGGGGGCAGUGAUACAAGUUUGAGAGACGGGCAAGGCCGUGUAGUUGAUCCUGAGGAUGCCUGGACUAAUGCAGUGCGGCCACGUAUAUAUAAAGUUGGAUCUGUUGAAAUUUCAAUUCCUUCCCUAGAAAAGUUAAUCUGGCGCCCGUUUUGGGGUAUGGACAAGGUUGUUCUUAAUACCCCCAAUCUUCAGGUUCUCGAGUACGAUGAUUCUUAUAGUAAAGUACAGUCAACAUGUGGGUUCAAGUCUCUGUUAUUUAGUUUUAUUAGUAAAAUGUGCAAUGUUAAGUUUCUUCGUCUAUCAGGCGCUUCUUUAGAGGUUCUCUUUCGAUCUCCUCAUUCGUUGCCUGAAUUUCAUAAUUUGAGACGUAUGGAGCUUAAAGCAAGCCGUGAUUACCAGUGGCAACUUUUAGAAAUUCUGCUGCAUUGUGCUCCCAACCUGGAAGUGCUGAUUUGUGACUUGGAAGAAAAGAACCACAGCAAUAAUGUUAAAGAAGAAGUUAACGUAGCAUCUACAGAUAUUCAGAGAACGAGUUAA